CCACCAGUCCACUGUUGUCUUCACUCUUCACCGAUCACCAGAUCAAGAAGCAGGAAAGGAAGAAGAAAAGCCAUGCCUUACUACUCGAGAGGCGACGACGCUGCUGACGACUUUGACGAGUACGAUCCGACGCCGUACGGUGGAGGAUACGACAUCGGCCUUACUUAUGGCCGAUCUCUGGAUCCGUCUGAUGAGAUCUGUUACCCGAUCUCGUCCUCAUCGUCUGAUAUUGAUUACGAGAGGCCCCAGUACUCGUCUUACGCUGAACCUUCUGCUUACGGCGAUGACGCCCUUGCGACUGAGUACAGCAGCUACGCCCGCCCCAACAGGCCAAACCCCCAGCCCGCCUACGACUUCCAGCCCGAAAAGCCCUAUGGGGAAGAAGCCGGCGGCGGUGACUACGGUUACAGCGGAGGCAAGCCCAAUUAUGGUUACCAGUCUGAGGUGAACCGACCGGAUUACGGCGGUGAGGGUGAGUUUGGCUACGGCCGGAAGCCGGAACCGGAGGAACCUGUUUCUGAUUAUGGAUCCGGCUAUGGUGGCAGGCCCAGUUAUGGGCGUCAGGAGGAAGAGGAGUACAGGAAGCCCAGUUAUGAGCGUCAGGAGGAAGAUGAGUACCGGAGGCCCACUUACGGGAAGCCCAGUUAUGAGCGUCAGGAGGAAGAUGAGUACCGGAGGCCCACUUACGAGAAGCCCAGUUAUGAGCGUCAGGAGGAAGAAGAGUACCGUAGGCCCACUUACGAGAAGCCCAGUUGUGAGCGUCAGGAGGAAGAAUACCGUAGGCCCACUUACGAGAAGCCCAGUUAUGAGCGUCAGGAGGAAGAAGAGUACCGUAGGCCCACUUACGAGAAGCCCAGUUAUGAGCGUCAGGAGAAAGAGGAAUAUAGGAGGCCCACCUAUGAGCGUCAGGAGGAAGAGGAGUAUCGGAGGCCUACUUAUGAGAGGCCCAAUUAUGGGCGUCAAGAGGAAGAGUAUCAGAGGCCCACCUAUGAAAGGCCCAGUUAUGGGAGGGGUGACGAGGAAGAGGAGCCUCGGAGGCACCAGGAGCCCAGUUAUGGAGGAGAAGAGUAUGGUCGUACCAACUCUGGAGACGACAACUCUGAUGAUGAGGAAAAGAAACGGCGCCAUCACAAGCACCACCACCACCGCAAGCACAACGAUGAUGAAUAAGCGGGACAUGGACCUAGUUGGUCCCUUCUGAAUAUCCUUACUCCAUACUAGUUUACUAAAUAAAGAGUGGGGAAGUGUUUGGUUUUGAUUGUUACUACAAUUGGGUAUUAGGAAUGACAUUUGGUGAAAUGUUAAGCCUAUGUAUGGAACGACUGUGUGCUUAUAAAUAAUAACACCCAGAACUUCUUUGGGUUCUUUUGGUUGAAGAAUUUCUGAUCUUGUGUUUGCCAAGCCAUAUUCUUGCAUUGCAAUUAUGCAAUUAGAAUUGUAGUAUGAUUGGAUUUGACAAUCUCACAUAUCUCGUUUGGUUA